GCGAAAGUACGCAAGAGCAGACGCUUGAACUUAUGACGUCAAGUUAACCUCAAUUUGAUACAUAUUUAUUGUUUCUAUUAGAAUGAAUACAUAAUUGUUGCAAAAGCGUAGAUAAUAUAAUUACGAAUAUAAUGGAUGAUGAAACUUUAAAUAGACUUGCAGUCGAAGCAUUAUUGGAAGAAGCAAAACUUGGAGCAAAAAGAGCCGAAAUAAUGGGUCCUAGUGGAUGGAUAAAACCAAAGGAAUGUAUUAAUAAGAGAUUUCUUCAUUCAACUUUACGUAAUGUGGUCCUUUCGAAUAAGUAUCAAGUGAAAAAGAAAAGUGAGAAACGAUUGCAUAAAUCAGAGAACACGUUAAAAUAAUUACUAAUGUUCGAUUUAGUUACUAAUUUAUGACUAGAAAUUACUACUAUUACAUAUAAUUUUGUUAAAUAGCUUGUAGAAUUAAUAGAAACUGUAAUUAAUGUAAAAUAUAAAAAGUAAAUGAAAGUAAAUUCUAAGUACAAAAACAAUGUAUAACAUAGUAAAUAAGUGUAAUAUA